GUGGCGCCAAUAAGCGGUAUGCCAACUGUCCAGCGAAGAAGAAGAAGAAGAGGGAAAAAAAAAAACAGUGGAUAAAAAUGGGUUGCUAACAGCUUUACCCUUUUCUGCUUAGAAUCCUCCUGGAGACAAAAAUUUGGGCUAAAUAUAUAUCAGAUUACAGGAAACAUGUCUUCCGUCCAGCCGCAGAAGGAGUUUAUCAACCAGCAGAGGACUCCUGUUGAAGAAACCUUAACAGAGUUUAGAGAAAUCAUCGUCAAGGCCGAGGAAGAGAGCGAUGAUCAGAGCAGACAGCUGGAUUUCACUCGGACACCCCAGAUAAUCUUACACCGAAUAGACUUCCCACCGCUUCAUGUUGGGAAGGACGGGUCUCUAGUCGAAGAGCUUCUCUUUAAACAGGGGAACACCUCUAGUUUGGACCAGAACAAACCAGAACCGCUGAUGUUAAAAGAAGAGUGGAAGAAGGAGCUGGAACAUCAGGAGAUAAAACAGGAGCAGCAGGACACAGCUUAUCACGAGAUGAAAGAAGAGCAGGAGGAGCUAGAAUACCAUGAGAUAAAAAUAGAGCAGGAGGAGCUGGAACAUCAGCUAAUAAAAGAAGAGCAGGAGGAGCUGGAACAUUAUUUGAUAAAAGAAGAGCCUGACAGUCAAGAUAAGGAGCAAGUUGUGGUGAAGUUGGAGACUGAUACUUUGAUGGUGACUCCUACAAGUGAUGAAAGAUACCACACAGAAUUAAACAGAACGCUAAUUAUCUCUCAGGACUUUUUUCAGGCUGAGAACCAGGAUCAUGAAGGAAACAGUCCUAAAUAUUCUGGAUCAAACAGAGAUGAAGAGCUGAAUAGAAAUGAGAGCUGCUGGACAUCUGGACAGCAUGAUGGCUGUAAUGAUAGUACAAAACAAAACGGUCUCCAAAAAACUCAGAAUAAACAUUUGUAUUCUUGUAUAAUUUGUGAUAAAACAUUUACUGAAAACAGUUUACUAACUAAACACUUCAAAAUUCACACAGACGAGAGGCUUUAUUCAUGUGAGAUUUGUGGAAAGAUGUCUGGGCGAAAAAGCCAUUUAACUGUUCACAUGAGAACUCACACAGGUGAGAAGCCUUUCUUGUGUAAUAUUUGUGGAAAAGCUUUCAGUCAAAAAGGUCAUUUGAAUUGUCACAUAAGAACGCACACAGGAGAGAGACCUUUUAAGUGCAAAAUUUGUGGUAAAAGGUUCAUUGGAAAAAGCAUAUUAACCGAACACAUGAGCGUUCACACAGGUGAAAGGCCGUUUUUCUGCAAGGUUUGUGGAAAAAGUUUUCGUCUAAAAGGUGCUUUGCGUUGUCACAUGAUAACCCACACAGGGGAGAAGCGUUUCACCUGUGAGGUUUGUUUACAAACGUUUAGUCGAAACGGCCGUUUAACUCUUCACAUGAGAAGUCACACAGGUGAAAAGCCUUUCUCGUGCAAAAUUUGUGGAGAUGGUUUCUGCGAAAAACAAAUUUUAACUGAUCACUUGAAAACGCACACUGGUGUGAGGCCUUUCACUUGUAAGGUUUGUGGGAAAAGUUUUAGUCGAAAAGGUGGUUUAGCUGUUCACAUGACAAUUCACACAGGUGAGAAGCCUUUCUCGUGCACAAUUUGUGGAAAAGGUUAUUAUAAAAAAGCUUUGUUCAAUGUUCACAUGAGAAUCCACACGGGUGAGAGGCCUUUUUUGUGCACAAUUUGUGGAAAAACGUACAUUCAAAAAGGUCAUUUAACAGGUCACAUGAAAACGCACACAGACGAAAGGCCGUACUCAUGCACAUUGUGUGGAAAAAGCUUCCAUUACAAGAUUAGUUUAACUGAACAUGUAAACAUUCACAAAGGUGACAGGCCUUACUCUUGCAAGCUAUGUGAAAAACGCUUCCGUGAAAAAUGUCAUUUGACCGUUCACAUGAGAACUCACACAGGUGAGAAGCCUUUUCCAUGCAAGAUUUGUGAAAAACGAUUCUGUAAGAAGUUUAAUUUAACUCUUCACAUGAGAACUCACACAGGCGAGAAGCCUUUUUUAUGCAAGAUUUGUGACAAACGUUUCAGUAAAAAAGGUCAAUUAACUGUUCAUAUGAGAAUUCACACAGGUGAGAAGCCCUUUUCGUGCAAGAUUUGUAAAAAAUGUUUCAGUAAAAAGUGUAAUUUAACCCUUCACAUGAGAAUUCACUCGGGUGAGAAGCUUGUCUCAUGCUAGUUAUGUGAAAAGAUAUAUGUAUUGUUUUUUUUUUUAACCCUUCACAAGAUAAUUUACAGGGAUGCACAGUGGCUCAGUGCAACAUACUCUUCCACUAUAGCUAAUGUACCUGGAAUCUUCUAUAGCAUUUGUCCUGCAUUUAACUCUUGGCUUGGGGUCUUUCUGCAUGGAUGUUUUCUCUGUGUAUUAGACAUAAACAUUUUAAAUCAGGAUGUUUUGCUUUCAAUUUUCUAGAAGGAGUUCACAAAGCUAUUACAAAUACAUACGUUUUACAUGGAAUAAAAAAAAUAUUUUCUUUGAAAGACAUUUCCCCCAAUCAUUUGCUUAAAUGCAUUCCAUUAUCUGUUGUAUUCCAGAUGGACAAAGAACAUGCAAGCUCUGAGUGAUCUUAUUGUGCCUGUUGUCUUGGAAUCUUAGCAGCUCAUUUGUAAAUGUAAACAAAGACAAUGUGUCUUCUCAUAUUGUUUAAUGUUUGAACUGUAAACAAUAAAGAAUAAUAAAUUG